GCGCUGUCUGAGGUGCUGAUCCAGCGGGGCCGGGCGCUGUCUGAGGUGCUGAUCCCCGCGGGGCCGGGAGCUGUCCGAGGUGCUGAGCCGUGCCUCCCGGGCGGCACCAUGGUGUUCGCUCCAGGUGAGAAGCCAGGGACAGAGCAAGAUGAAGUUAAGCUGCAGAUUGCCAGUAAGCAGAUUGUACAGACUGCUAUCCUCCGAGCAGUGCAACAAGUUUCCCAGGAGAGGCAGCAAAAGGAGAAGCGAACAAACGCCAGUACAAGCCUCCAACUAGAAAGAGGAAAACUAACCAAGAAGCAUGAAAAGAAGUAAAGGAGCAAACUGGGGUUUUUCAACUCUGGCCUGCAAUUUUUUUCAGCCUUCUCUUUAGAAUCAGCUGUAUUGCUAGUGCAAUGCUACUGCUGUAAAGCAAACCAAAGUAUUAUCACACCUAGACAUAGGGUAAAACUGCAAUAGUCCUCAUCUGAGAAAUAUUAAGUGCAUUAGAUGAAUGACUCCGUAUUUAUGCAGUGCCUCUUAACAGAAACAAUAACCAUAGAUGUAAAAGUAGUUUCAAGCACAAGCUCUUAUGAUAUGAGCUUAUUCCCGAAAGCUUGCUCCCGGUGCACUUUCAUGCUAAGUUCUGCAUGCAACAUUUACGUCAGUUCAGCUGGAUGGACUCUUCUCUGUGUUACUGGGCUCACUGAAGCUGUCUUCGCUGAAGAAAUUGUUUAUUGUCGGGUGUAGCAGAAUGCUUUCAGGCUCCCUUGAAGCACGGGUUUGUACUUUGCUUUUAUUAGACAUGAACUAUGUGAAAUGGCAGUAUAAAGUGGAUUUGGUAAGUUUUGUGAACCAGUUUAUUUUUUCAUCUUGGGGGAAGAAAAAAGCAAUCCAAUAAGACUGCAGUGACUGUGAUCUAUGACUUUGAUAAUAUACCUGUGAUCUAUGUCUUUUUUUAAAAGAAGUUAAAUACUGAAGUUUUAGUCUACUUAUUUAAAUACUUCUAUACUUCUGCAUAAAAAUCACUUGUGCCUCAACUAUUCCUUUAAAUUUUCUUGAUACUGAAAGAAAAUGAACUGAUGUGAUGAUAAGGAGUUGGCCAGCAUUUGCUCCAGUUUUGCAACUUUGCUGGGUUUUGAUUUACAGAAAGUGAAAGCUGAAGUGUCUUUUAAAAAGGGGGUUGAAUAUAUUAAUAUCUUUAAGGAUGAAAAUAUACAGUAUCUGAAUUCUGUCAUGGUAGGUAUUUCUCACCUCCUGGGUGGAAAGUGACUUUAGAUAUUUGCAGUUGUUACGUACAUUCAACGUAAAUAGCCCUGGGAGAAGCUGGUAAUAGAGAGCUUAUCCUUUCAACUGCUCUAUAGAGCUGAAGAAAUCCAUGAUGUUUCUGAAAAUGCAAAUUAAAUAAAUGUACCCUUCACUUUUAUGCUCCCUUUGUAUAAUGAUGAUUGCACUAUUAUACAUCUGAAAUGAAUAACAGUAUAUUUAAUUCUAGAAAUAUCUUGUAGCUCUGCUUCAAAUAAAUUUCUGUAGUAAUACACCUGGAAAUACAAAGAAGAAGAUGCCCUGCAAAACUUUCCUAAUGGCUUCUCUACUCAGCUAGAUGAUCCUCAAAGAGACUGUGGGUUAAAUAAUUGGCUAUUACUUACUGUGUCCUGUUGCUUGUGUUAAACAAUUUUGGGAUUCCUUCUCCUGGACAGAGGCUUAGUCAAUGAAUAAUCACAUACUGUAUUAUUAAGUCUUUGUAAUCUGCUUGGUUUUUCUUUUUUAAUUUAACACUGCUGACUCAUACAAGAUAGUGAUUUAACUCAAUUUUCUUUCACUUAAAAAUGCAAAGAAGAAUUCAGCAUGAUUGGAAGUGUUCCAAAUCAUCUAGUAAUGAAAACUAACCUGGAUUGUAAGUACACAGGUGGUUCAUUUCUGUAGACAUUGGGUGGAUUUUACAGUCAGACAAACUUUAAAAAGUGAAAGUAGUUGGGUCUUGAGGCAUGCAUGUGUUUUUGUAAUUGUUUUAUUAUUGGCUUUUUCACUAGUUCACCUUUGUUUGGGAGGUCACCCUUUUCUAAGUGCACUUUGCAUUUUUGCCCUCUGAGAGCCUAAGAAUAAAGAAUCAUAAAUAAAGGCUCAGUCCUGAGGCUGAUGAGCAGACAAAUCUGGUGGAUGAAAGAGAGCAAAACUGUUGUAGAGACUCUGUGGUGCAAAAUGGUGUUUGCCACAGACUCACAAUGUUGCAGGAAGGAGAGAUGAAGAACAUUUCCAGUUCUUCGAAAUUAUUUUACUUUUUAAAUGCUUUUUGUCCCCAGACAUUUGAUAUUUGUUUUGGUUUGGGGUUUUUUGGUUUGGUUGGGGGGGUUUGUUUUUUUUGGUUUUUUUUUUUUUUUUUUGUGGUUUUGUUUGUUUGUUUUGUUCUCUUUUUUUUGUUACUGUUAAUAACAUUCAUGUCAUUUUGAAACUGUUUCUUUGUGUGCUUUUUUUUUUUUUUUUAAUUAAUCAUUUUGGUAAAAGAAGAAUUUCAAAAAUCAGUGAUCUGGGCUUUUGCCACUGCUUCAUAUGAGCCUAUUCCUCUCCUUCUCCCACUUUGUGCUUCUGCAAUAUCCCUUUACUGUCCCUUUGCUACUGUCCUAGUCCUAUAAGUUACACUAUUUAUUACUUAACUGUUUAAUAGUCGUGUCCAUCAUUGUCAGCAUACCAAUGCCAUCAGAAAAUGGAAUAAUAAUAUCUUGGGAAAUCAAAAACAGCUGGAAGCCUUGGCUUGUUAUGUGCUUACUAGACAAUCUCAUGAAGUAAGAUGUGCUCAUGAGGUUUGUAGUAAUGAAUGCAUUUUUCAGCACAAAAAAAAUUUGUAUCUUAGAAAUACAAGGCAAUCAAAAAGAUAACUAUAAGUAUUUAAAACAAACUCACCACUCAUUAGUACUUAUAGUGGUAAGUAAAAUGUUGUACAAAUAUGUGAAAUUAUAUAUCACAACUCCAGAAGAACAGAAGAAUCAUGUGUGUGUGGCUAUCCUGCACUGUGCUUGUUAUGUUGGUUGAUUACCACAAUUUUGUCACCAUAUUGCACUCUCUUCGUAAGGUUGAUAAAGCAACAAUUCUAAAUGGAGAUUCACAUGGCCACAACAGGAUGUUGUAACAGAUUACUAAAUGCCAAUGUACAUCAAGUUUUUGGUCCAGUGUGAUUACCCUGGAAAUCCCUGCUCUAAAAUAUGUAAAACCAAUGACUGUGACUUGGAAACAGCCAU